CUGUUUUUUUUGUUCUUCCUUUGCUCUAAAUCCUUCAAAAUCUCACCCAAGGCAGCAUUCCUUUCUCCACAGCCAACAAAAGAAGCAAAGUAAUACAUCGAUCCCUUACAUUUCUUUAUCUACCCGCAAGAAAUAAAAGAGGCCAGCAGAUGGAAGAUGGAUUUGAGAGUCGUAGGAUUUGAUCCAUCCAUUAUUGAAACCCUCCAUGAGCUCCUGGACUUCCCUGACGAGGCCGAAAAGACCCAGCCCCAUCCCUCUCGCACCUACAUUCGGGACGCAAAAGCAAUGGCAGCGACACCAGCAGACGUCAAAGACUGCCCCAACGCGUACGUCGUUGUGAUUGACAUGCCGGGGCUCAAACAAGACCAAGUGAAGGUCCAAGUUGAAGAGCGCAACUUGCUGGUGGUGAGCGGAGAGAGGAAAAGGGAAAAUGAAAAGGAUCAGGGCGUGAAGUACAUAAAGAUGGAGAGGAGGCUCGGUCAGUAUCUGAAGAAGUUUCAGCUACCAGAAAAUGCUGAUGCUGAAAAGAUAUCAGCUUCAUAUCAAGACGGGUCCUUGACUGUGGCUGUGGAGAGGAAGCCACCACCAGAGCCCAAGCAACCCAGGACUGUUGAAGUGCAAGUGAGUUGA